AUGGCGGCAACGUACGAUCGUGCUUCCUCGGCAACCCCCACUCAGAACCGUGCUUUGAGUAAUGGACAACCCUCUUCUGGCCCAGAAAAUGGUUCUGCAAAUGGGAGCUGGCAUGGUAGAGUAUCUGGAUCUAAUCGGUUCGACCAACCCCGGUCCAUUGGAAGCACGACAAGUGCGCCCCAAGUGUCACUUGCGCCCCUAGGCAUUCAUCCCGGCAGUUUCGGUUCAGAAUUAAAAAUACCGAACCUAUCACGAUGUGCAACUCCGAAGCCGGAGUCUAUAUUUCAGAUUCGGAGCAAUGGGGCAAUCGAUGAUGAUGAGAUACAGACUUCAGAACAGCGACAAGCCGCUAUUCGAGGGAAACUGGAGAAAGAAAUGAAGAUUAGAGACGGAACAGAAAAUAUGCUUGAGGCACUACUGGCGAAAAAUUUGAAGCAAUCGAAAGAACAAAGACUACUGGUGGAAUCCGAACUUAGCUCAUCGAACCGCAAAAUCGCUCAACUUCAGCUCGAACUUGAAGAAGAACUACAGCGUGCUCAUGUCCCCGAGCCAAUAUCUUUCCCUCCUCCAUCUGGUCUUUUUGGAGUAUCCGCAGGCCGGUCUCCUUCAAGAGCAACACAAGGAACUGGCGAUACCUUUGAAGAUGACGAUGACGACGAUGAUGUUGAUGAUGCUAGCGAAACGGAGUCGCCCACCUUUGUCCUUGCCGAAACAUUACAGGAGCUAGAGGUUGAAGGACUGUCACCAGGGUAUUAUGUCGAGAGGGCAAAUAAUCUUGUCGAUCUCUUCAAACGCCACCCCACAUUGAAGUACGACUUGAAGUGGACUGUAUUCGGCUUACGGGUUCAAGUAAUGCUACUAAACGAUAGCCGUCAGGUUGUAGCUGCUGGCUAUAGACUAACGCGCUAUGCGAUUGCAGACCGAAAUUCCAUACAGAUUAUACGAUCCUUUCACACCGAUGAACUAGUCAUACUUUCCCUCGUUAAGGAAUCCAAAGCAACCAUGGAGCGCGAACAAGCAUUGAAGUUUAUUCGGGCUUUCUUGGAUGUUAAAGACGGUAUCUAUGAAAUAUCUUGUGCUGUGGUUCGUACUCUAGUAUCAAUUGCAGAGCAAAGAGAGGACCGCCUCCGGAGUAUAUGUGUUAUGACACUUGCAGAAAUUUUGGUGAAAGAUCCAGGGCUUCUAGCUUCAGCCGGCGGAAUUGGAGUGUUAAAUGAUGCCUUGUAUGAAGGGAGCUUUGCAGCCUCGGAUAGCUUGGCUGCCAGUUUCUUGCAUGUACUAGACGCCCCCAGCACCAGGAUGUACCUUAAAUCAGGGUCGGAGCUGGAUGGAGUUUUCUCUACAUUUACGGAGCCAAUACCAGAGAGCGACAAGCUUGUGCGACUCAAGGCUUCUGCAAAAGCGAUAUCAACAAUGUUGAAAACUUGGCCUGGGUUGUUGACGCUGGCUCAAAAUAAAUUCAAGCCACUACAAUCAAUGAUGGAAUCAUUGGAAUACCCUGAAGCGCCGACAAGAGAUUUGAUACUAGAACUUCUCUUCGAUGCUUUGCGGAUCAAGACUCCUUCUUGGUCUUCAUCUUUUCUUGCUGGUCGACGGCUUACUACUUACGGAAGAGGCAAUGCCGCCAGUAUCGCAAAUUGCGAUCGGAAUCAAGGACAAUUUCAAACGUUUUAUGAGCCGGAGGACGGGGUAUUUGACCUCACUACUCAUUUCGCUCUACUUGUUCUGGCGGUACUGAUUGAAGCUGGCUUGGUAAAGGCUCUGACAGUUCUUGUUGAAAACGAAACAGACAUUGCGUUAAAGAGAAAAGGCAUUCUACUUCUAGCAGAAGUUCUGAAACGCGCGUACCGCUCUUUACCUCAAUCAAUAUCCUCUGGCCUUCAAAUUCUCCCGGACAAUGUCCCCAGAACAAGAGAUUGUGAUCUAAACAUUCACCGUGUAUCGGCCUCAACUAUUUACCAAAUAGAGAGCAUAAAUCGUACUAUGAUGAGAUCUACUUGGAUGACCUCAGGUUCCAGAAAAUACGACUUGGCGGGGAAUAUUCCUAUCUCUUUUCUUCACACAGAGCAAGGAAAACCGAAGCUAAGCCCCACUAUAGACGAAACCCAGUUUAGAACUGCGAUCAUGGAAACUCACGUUUUGAACUCUGCCAACUUUAUAAAAUGGAAAUGGGAUUUGAUUCAUAACAUUAUUGAAGGACCUCUAACCAAUCCAAAGCGACUUGAUGAGGCUAUCAAGGGGUCUAAAUUCAUGAAGCGUCUCUUAGGGUUCUAUCGCCCCUUUAAAUAUAGGUUUUCAAUGAUUCGAACCACCAAACCAAAUCACCGCUAUGUACGGACGGGAUGUGCUCUAAUUCGAACGCUCAUACAGACCCCAGAAGGGUCGAAGUACCUUGCUGAGAACAAACUGUUACGACAAAUUGCGGAAUGCCUUGCCCAGGUGGAUCGAACAAGUGGAAUAACAUCCUCUUCCCCGGUUUUCUCGCCAACUCAGAUGACUGAUACCCUAAGCUGGGGUUACUUCUCGCUUUUGGGCACCCUGAGUAGUGAUCCUAACGGGCUUCAUAUGAUGGAAAGAUGGCAUAUGCUCAAUAUGUUCUACCAUAUAGUCGAACUAAAUGACCGAAAUGAUCUAGUCCAGGCAAUUCUCGGCAAUAUGGACUUUACCCUGGAUAGCCAGCUUCGUUUGAUAUUAGUCAAGGCUUUGACGGUAGGGACAAAAGAAAUUCGCAUAUUUUCGACGAAGGUACUGCGUAAGUACGUGGUUGGUGGUGUUGAACUUACCCCAGCAGUGGAAUCUAUCAUCCGGCUUCUAGUAGGCCAGCUCUAUGAUCCGGACGUCGCCGUUUGCCAACUUGCAAUGAAAGUUCUGGAAGAAGCUUGUAAUCAAAGGGAUUUGCUUGAGUAUGUGGUCCGGUGCCGCCCGUCCCUUGAUCAUCUUGGCGAGAUUGGAGCAUCUUUGCUUCUGCGAUUCCUCUCUUCUUCAGUUGGUUAUCACUAUCUAGACGGGCUCGAUUUUGUACACCAGGAGAUGGAUGACUGGUUUCUUGGCAGGAAUGAUGCCUACGUCGGUUUGGUUGAAGCAUCAUUGUAUCGAGCAUAUCUUGAUCAGCCCCGCCGAAACAGCUUGGCUAUUGAAGAUCUCGUUGACGAGCAUCACAUCGGCAGGGCGCCGCCACAUUUUUAUAGAGAGCUGGCUCGUACUAAGGAAGGCUGCAGGCUUCUGGCUGACUCUGGACAGUUUGAUGAGUUUGUUGCUACGAUUGAGGAUUAUAAUCUUCAGGAAGAAGACCCUGAAGUGCUUCAAAGAGUUAAGGGUGCUCUAUGGGCAGUUGGACAUCUCGGAUCUAUGGAACUUAGUGCCCAGUUCUUUGAAGGUAGCCCAGUGUUCGAUCGAAUUAUCCAAAUUGCGGAGGAGGCAGCCGUAUUAACCAUGAGAGGCACUGCGAUAUUCGUACUGGGUCUUAUUUCGACCAGUCGGCAUGGCCUUGAAAUGUUGGUGGAAGCUGGUUGGGACGCCGCGGUGGAUUUCAAGGGCCAGUCUCUUGGAUCUUGUAUGCCUGUUGAUCUGAAGAAGAUAUUCAAGAUUCGCUUCGACCAAAUUGAACCGAAGUCCAGAGUGAAUGAAACAUCAUUGGAAAAAUAUAAAACAGCUGUAACUGAUCCGGAUCCGGUUAAUCAGAGGAUUUUGAAGCUGCUAGUUGACAUGGGCAACACGGUGCUUUCAAAGAAGGCGGCCGCAGAUCUCCAACACAUUAAGACAAGAUACCCUGAACAUUUUCGGCAGAUCCAACUUUUUCGAAACGCUUUAGUUAUCCUUGAGAGCCACCACUUCCGCCUCGCUGCUCGUCGGUUUGCUCUUGACCUCUUCGAUAAAAGUACGAUGAGGCGAAUCGUUCUGGAGGACGAAUCGGAAGUAGACUCCGAUAGCCUUGCUUCCGAGUAA